AGGCUCCCAGGCCCCUGCAGCUCCUGCAGCUCCUGCAGCCCCUCCAGCGCCCAGCUCUUGCUUGCACAGCGGCCCGCAGCUCCCCCAGCGCCCCUUUGGAGGCGCUUUUCAGGUCAGGUGUCUCACCAGAGGCGGCUGUGCGGCCUCCCCCAGGGCAGAUUUCUGUCAAGUCCAGGAGACCUCUCACACUUCUGCCUUCACCAUGGCCUCGAGAACCAUUAUCAUCGACCAUGGGUCUGGCUUUCUGAAGGCUGGCUUGUCUGGGUGGAAUGAACCCCAGAUGGUCUUCCCGAGCAUCGUGAACUACGUCCCGUGCAGGGAGAAUCCUGGCCCCAGCUAUGCCCAGAGGCGCGUGAGUCUAGGCAUCGACAUUUGCCAUCCUGAUACCUUUAGCUACCCCAUCCAGCGUGGCCGUAUCCUCAACUGGGAGGGCGUGGAGCACAUCUGGUCAUUUGUGCUGGAGAGACACAGACGGGAGCAUGAGGACUUCCCUGUGAUGGUCACAGAGUCCCCUCUGAAAGAGCCUGCGGACCGACGGAAGACCCUCGAGAUUAUGUUUGAGUUACAGGAUGUGCCGUCCAUCCUGCUGGCCGACCAGCUGGAGAUGUCCCUGUACGCCUCCGGCCUCCUGACCGGCGUGGUCGUGGAUUCCGGCUACGGCCUGACCCGCGUGCAGCCCUUCCACCUGGGCCGCCCCUUGCGGUCCUGCGGCAAGACGCUGGAGUUCGCGGGCCAGGAUCUGUCGGCCUAUCUCUUCAAGAGCCUCUUCAAGGAGGAUUGUAAUCGCCACAACCUGUUCCAGCUGGAGACGGUGGCCACCACCCAGAUGAGCAAGUGCUACGUGCCCCAGAAUCUGGCGGAGGCCCUGGACUUCCGCCAGAGCCUGCCGAGCGGCUCGGAUGAAAACAACACCUACCAGCUUCCCGACGGCACCCCAGUGGAGCUGACCCCCAUGCAGCGGCUGGCCCCCGAGAUGUUCUUCAGCCCCCAGGUGUUUGACCUACAAGGGCCCGGCAUCUCCCAGGCCGUGGUGGAGGCCAUCCUGGCCUGCGAGGCGGCCGUGCACCCGCUGCUCACCUCCCAUGUGAUGGCCUGCGGGGGCAACACCCUGUACCCCGGCUUCACCAAGCGCCUGUACAAGGAGCUGAUUGCAGAGCAUUUCUCCUCCACCAAGGCCACCAUGUGGGUGGGUUCCAACAGGAACUUCAGCGUCUGGCUCGGAGCGUCCGUGGUGGCCCAUCUGUCUUCCUACAAGUCCGAGUGGAUGACCAAAGAGGAGUACGAAGAGAGUCAGCGGCUGUGACCUGUUGGCAGCUCCAGGGACCUGGCCCCCCGUCCCCAAAACUUGGGGGAUUAAUUUCCAGUGACAGGGUCUGGGGUUAGCAGUUAGCUGGCUUUGGAAUUCCAAGGUCAUGAGGGUAUUUUUUUAGGUUCUAGGGUUUUAUCUUGUUUCAAGAGUGGGAUCCAGCCUAGAUGGGGACAGGGAAGCCCUCCGGGGACGGUGUCUCCAGGGGCUGGACUGUCAUUUGGAGCGGAGUGGCCAGUGAUCAUCUUCAAAUUGCCACUUUCUUUUCGCUGGCGUCUUCCGUAGGCUGUCCUGUUCUCAGUUCAGUAGGUUUUAACCGGGGCGGGAGAGAUGGGACCUUCUGCUGGGGUCCCCGUUAUUUUUGACUAGGAGUUGGGGGGUGGGAUAGGAGAGAUGAAGUUUUUCUAGUUUUACUCAUUCUCUCUGGCCAGGGAGAAAUUGCUGUAGGUGAG